AUGACAUCGAUUGAAUACUUGAAUGAAUCACAGCGAAUAGCUGUGGAUGAAGUCAUCGAUCAAUUUACAGUAGACCAUAAUAAACUCGAUGAAAUUGUGUCUCACUUUAUCAAAGAGAUGAGGAAAGGAUUAAAUGCACCAGUGAAAUCCAUCCCGAACGGAACAGAAACUGGCACAUAUCUGGCCUUGGAUCUUGGCGGCACUAACCUACGCGUUUGCCAAAUAACCUUUCUGAGAUCAGGAAAAUUGACAAUCAAACAAGAAAAAUACGAAAUAUCCGAUUCUCUCAAAACUGGUCACUCUAGCAAACUAUUCGAUUUCAUUGCCGAUUGCAUACGCCAAUUCCUAAUCGAUUUAGGCGGUGUUUAUGACUCGCCUCUCUCUCUCGGAUUUACGUUUUCAUUUCCUGUGGAUCAGAUGGCAAUCCACAAGGGUGUGCUUGUGAGAUGGACAAAAGGAUUUACAGCAGCGGGAGCAGUAGGUCAAGACAUGGUGGGAAUGCUACGCGAGGCGUUGAAAAGAAAAAAUGUGCCGGUUAAAAUUGUGGCUAUAGUCAAUGAUACAACGGGAACCUUGUUGGCACACGCUUAUGAAAAUCCGGCUACAAUCAUUGGUGUCAUCUUUGGAACUGGUACUAAUGCUGCGUAUGUGGAGAGAUUGGAGAACAUUCCAAAGCUUGAUCUAAACUGUUCAGGCAAGAUGGUUAUAGACAUAGAGUGGGGCGCUUUUGAUAAUGAGCGUCAAGUGCUCAGUUUAACUCCUUAUGACGAAAAACUAGACCGGAUUUCGCUAAAUCCGGGAGAACAAAUGUUUGAAAAGCUAAUUUCUGGUGACUAUCUUGGCAAAAUAGUCCACAAUGUUCUUUUAGAUUUGGUUGGCCGUAACCUUCUUUUCUCUGGACGGUCUUCCAGCGGAUUCGACAACAUUGGAGCUUUCAAGACUCCCUAUAUGUCUAUUAUUGAAGCAGACGGCACCGAUGACCUUGUUUAUACCAAACAAUUGCUGGAAGUCGAGUUAAAGAUACCCGAGACUACUUUGACUGAUAGACAGAUCGUGCAAAGGAUAUGUUGUGCGAUCGGAUUACGCGCUGCAAGGUUAUCUUCUUGUGCGCUGUGUGCGUUAAUUAAGCAUAUUGGCGUGGAAGAAAAAGGAUGUGCAGUGGGAAUCGAUGGAAGUUUGUUUGAGUUUCACCCUGGAUUCAAGCAUAACUUGAAACAAACGAUGAGAGAGAUCUUAGGAAAGACCGCCGAUAACAUUAGUCUCGAGCAGGCGAGAGAUGGUUCUGGCGUAGGAGCCGCACUUGCAGCACUGUAUGCUGAGAAGGAUCUUAAAGAUUGCAGUUCGCAAUUAUAG